AUGAAGUGGCAACCCUUUCUCGCCCUCGGUCGCACUCUUCAAAGUGUCACCGGUCUCGAACUCAUUGGAGAAUCCGAUUUGGAUGGCGGAGUUAUCUGUUAUACGUACCUUUCAACAUACCUGGUUCCAGCCGACGCCGCGACCACCGGGAGAGUGUUACCAACAGCAGUCCUCCCAACAUCACGAGGAAUCUUGCCUCCGUACUUUACCAAUCAUUCUACUUCCUUGCCUCCAUUCACGUUUCCAUCCGAGCCCGAUUCCUCUGAUAUAGUCCAAGAGCCUACUUCAGUCAAUCUGCUCACAUCGUCGGACUUUGCCGUUCCGACAUCAGAGUCCGGUAGCCUUUUACUGCCCGACCCAGCGACAUCGAUUGGAUCUCCAGCCACUACCUCUGGAGUCAUCUCUGGUCAAGAUGUUAUCUUCUUUGUCGCGCCUACAACCGAUGAAAGUCGGCGCUUCAUCAAGAGAGCACCGGGACGAUUCAUUGGUGGAAAUGACGCUGUUGAGAUUUGUACCAACGCCGCUGUCUUUAGCCUCGCAGACGGACAGCUCUUAGACAACGGAGACCCUGUUUAUUAUGCUGGCGAGCCCUAUGAGCAGUUCGGUGGGCAAGGGCCACCACCCGACGGCGCCAUUACCAGGGAAUUCACGACUGUGAAUGGAUUGCUCACAUUUUCCAGCAGUUCGUUACCUGGUAAUGGCGCAGGCUUCUGCCGGGAUGAUAGCGGUCAGGUGUACAUCACUUUUGGAUCAAGCCCGCCAGGAUGUGAUCCAGUCUCGAUACGUGUCUAUCCAAUCGAACAAUGCCAGAAUGGCCAGAUCAUCGGACUUGAUGAUGCCACUCCGACCGAACCGAACCAAUCUUCUACGAUUGCCAAGCCCACAAGCACUGCGUUCCCGACAGUAACAUCUCGUUUCGGCUCAUCUUCGACAAUUAUUGGCGUCGUAACUGCAUCUACUCAGGUGUCACACUCUAGCGACGCAUCCCCCGGGACGAUCGAGACAACGCAGUCAUCGGAGCCUACACAAAGUCCCGGAGAUAGUAAUAACGAGAAUGUUGAGCUUCCAACGGACACCCAGGUCAAUCGAGCAUUCCUACCAUACUGGGACGAUCUGUACCUUGACCGAAGCAAAGGACAUACAAUUGUAUACGAAAUCUUCGAGGGCAUUUUUGGUGAGGAACUUGUUAUCGAGUUCAUCCUGGGCAAGGUCGACAGCCCUGGCAUAUAUCACUUCGAGGCCAACUUUGUAAGGGAUGAACCAUUUUCGCUCAGAUUCCAAUAUUAUACGACGCCGGAGCAAGGAUCAAGCGCAACAGCCGGCUUCCAGAACCUGCUGACAGGGAGGUAUGCUCAGGCUUCAUAUAACGAGGCAAACAUUCUCAUAGAUGGGGCAUCUAUUAUUAUGGUAACUAACCAGGUCAAUACCGUCAUAAAUCUUACUUUUGACAACACUGAGUGCGGAAAGGGUCAAGAUCGAGUGCCAGAAGAUCCAUGA